UCUGUGGGCUGUUUAUUUCUUGCGUUGUUGCGGCGAAAACAAGUGACGAAGUCAGCGCUAUUCUCGUGGCCAUCUUGACAAAUUCGUGGGGACGACGCGACUCCAGCCGCCAUGUCUGUAGUUCCGGCGCCUGAUAACAAAGCCGCAAAUUCGCAGGCGGGCGACCACACGGACGAAAGUGGCGCCGAGCCGACCACCAAAGACAUGGACAUUCUCGCACCCGACCACUACGAGAGGCGCAAGGGGCACUACCUGCAGAUGGCCAAGCAGCUGGUCAGCAGCAUCAUGGCUACGCAGAUGCCUAAGCCGGAAUGUCUCUCCUGGCAAAGCGAGAGGGGAGCAAGCGUGGGCACCCAUGACAGCUGCCAGGAGCAGAAUGCCAAGGAACGGCCGUCAAAAAUGCCCUGCCCGAAACGAGGCGUCAAGGGACAGCCGCAGCGCGGUCGAGGUCGCGGUCGCGGUUCACCGCGCCGUCCUGUGCCGGCAGCGACUGUUUCGGCGACCGAGCAACCGCCAGCAGAGAGCAGCAUUCACCGGCGCUGGUUCACCUGCCACUUGUGUUACAAGAAGUUGUCCCGCAAGGGCUCCUUGAGGAGCCACCUUGAGGGGCACGCGAAGAAGGCACCCUGGACGCGCGCCUGCCCCAACAAGGCGCCUACUUCGACGGGCUCGUCCGCCGAUGCGCCUCCUAAUGAGGACGAGCCGUUGGCCGGGCCGAGCAGCGUACCACCGGUGGUAUUAGAUUCUGAGCCUAAGAAGUAGGACUGGAAUUUCGUCCUGCAUUUUGGCAGGCACUUUCUUCUUCUGCACUUGGGUCACGGCAAAUGAGUGCCAUAAAUUUGGAUUAGCAAAUUGACCUUUUUAAGUAUGUGAUCUGUUCGUUUCGAGUAUGGAAUCGAAUACUUCAAUAUCUCAAUCGGUAUUAAAAGAACAGUUGAAAAGCA